AUGUGUCAUGUCGUUAUAAACAAGGUGUUCAAUUUGAAGGGCUCCAUGAGAAGUCGAUUCAUUGAUCCAUCUAAAGAGAGCAGUGGGGACGUACUGUUGGAUGAGAACUACCUUCAAUCAAUUUGCUGCAACCCAGUGUACGUGUACCCCCACUCCAAGUGUGUACUGAUGCAGGCCAUACUAGCCGACACUGAGUUCCUGGCACAGAAUGCCAUCAUGGACUACUCUCUACUCACUUGCAUCGAUGACUCCACGGGAGAACUUGUCGUUGGAAUUAUUGACUAUAUCCGUACCUUUACGCUGGAUAAGAGGGUAGAAAUGUUCCUCAAAAAGACAGCUGGGAAGACGCUACCAACUGUUGUGUACCCUGAACUCUACCGUAAGAGAUUCUGCGAGGCAAUGGACAAAUAUUUCACUGUAGUGCCUGAUAAAUGGACAGGGCUGGGUGCAGACGUCAAGUACAAGCAUUGUAUUAACUAUAAAAUUAUUAUAAUUAUGUGUGACAUGUCUCCGUCGUGAUUUUGUUUUUAUUACUCAAAUGCAUCACUGUAAUGUGACUAUGUUCUCUGUCUUCAAUUGUUAU